AUGCCUGCACUCGAGAUAUCUCAAGCAGAAUCAUCGACUGCAGCGUCGCGAAAAGCCAAAGCAGUACCUAAUGGCGCAGGUCCAGAAUAUGAAUUGCCAUGGGUCGAAAAGUAUAGACCGGUCUACCUCGACGAUGUCGUCGGCAAUGCAGAGACCAUUGAGAGACUGAAAAUCAUUGCAAAAGAUGGAAACAUGCCACAUCUAAUUAUAUCAGGCAUGCCAGGUAUUGGAAAGACAACCUCAAUACUCUGUCUAGCGAGAACACUGCUGGGAGAUGCCUACAAAGAGGCCGUGCUCGAGCUCAAUGCCUCCGAUGAACGAGGCAUCGAUGUGGUGCGUAACAGAAUCAAAGGGUUCGCUCAGAAAAAGGUUACACUUCCACCAGGAAGACAUAAAAUUGUGAUUCUGGAUGAGGCAGACAGUAUGACUUCUGGCGCACAGCAGGCCCUUCGGCGGACCAUGGAGAUAUAUGCAAACACAACUCGAUUCGCCUUCGCAUGCAACCAGUCAAACAAGAUCAUUGAGCCACUACAGUCACGUUGUGCCAUACUGCGAUAUGCGCGACUCACCGACGCGCAAGUCGUGCAGCGCUUGUUGCAGGUUAUCGAAGCCGAGAAGGUCGAAUACUCGGAGGACGGUUUGGCUGCUCUUGUCUUCAGUGCCGAGGGAGACAUGCGACAGGCUUUGAACAACCUCCAGAGUACCUGGGCUGGAUUCGGCUUUGUCAGUGGUGAUAAUGUCUUCCGAGUAGUCGAUAGCCCACAUCCUGUCAAGGUCCAAUCCAUGAUCAAGGCAUGUUACGAGUGCAGGAUCGACGACGCUAUUGAUACACUGCGAGAAUUAUGGUAG